AUGUCCGCGAGCUUGCACAGCCGCGGAAAGUCACGCGCGACCCGCCAACAGAGGAGCGAUGAUGAGGACGAGGAGGACGACAGCCUCAAGUUUGCCGAGUCGGACGACAUUGAGAAGCCGCCGGGGCUCGAGAAUGGAACGACUCCGCCAUUCGGCGUCCUCUGCAUGCUCUUCGACCAGUUCGAGAGCGCGACGAGGAACAAGCACAAGAAGGCGGGAUACAAGGGCGAGUUGCUCGGGCAGUUCAUCUCGCACUGGAGGGCUGAGAUUGGGCCGGACCUCUACCCUCUCAUCCGCCUGAUGCUGCCAGAACGCGACACAAGGCGGCGGACGUACAACCUCAAGGAACAGAAGCUGGCCAAGGCGAUUAUCCAGGCUCUCGACCUCCCGCAGAAGACAAGCGUUGCGCUCAAGCUGAUCAACUGGAAGGUCCCGACUAAGGAGGAUCCUGGGGCAGGAGAGUUUGCCGCCGUCGCCUACGACGUCAUCAAGAGUCGCUCGACAGUCAUUCGCGCCGUCAGCGAUGUCACCAUUGACGAGAUCAACGAGACGCUUGACGAACUGUCCCAGACGAGGGGAACGACCACGGACGCGAACGGGCAGAAGAGGGGCAUGCAAGCGGAGCACGCCCGCAUCCUUCGCCGCUGCGUCUCGAAGAUGACGCCCGCCGAGAUGAAGUGGCUCAUCCGUAUCAUUCUGCGUGACCUCAAGAUUGGCAUGGGCGAGAAGACCAUCUUCAACCAGCUCCACCCGGACGCGAUGGACCUCUUCAACACCUGCUCCGACAUCAAGCGGGUUUGCUACAAGCUGUUUGACCCUCACCACCGCAUCCCGCAUGAGGACCACACCGUCAAGAUUACCCACGUCUUCCGCCCGAUGCUCUGCUGGCGUACGCAGCGUUCGCUCUCGGACGUGAUCAAGGCGAUGAGGCGCAACAGGUCUGCGCAGGAUCCGAACCGCCCGCUCGAGGAGGGCGAGUACGCGAAGGACGAGUUCAUCAUCGAGGAGAAGCUCGACGGCGAGCGCAUUCAGAUGCACAAGAAGGGUGACACGUACAUGUACGCGUCAAGGAAGUCGAAGGACUACACGUAUCUCUACGGCUCCGACGCUGCCACCGGCUCGCUCACACCUUUCAUCCAGGACUGCCUGAACGAGAACAUCGAGGAGGUCAUCCUCGACGGCGAGAUGCUCGUCUGGGAUCCGAAGAUUGGCAAAUACAUGGCCUUCGGAAAUCUCAAGACCUUCGCGUCGAAUGAGACGAAGCACUUCGGCCCGAAUGAUCCGCGUCCCUGCUUCAAGGUCUUCGACAUCCUCUACAUCAAGGGCAAAGGCGGAAAGGGAACGCCGCUAAUCGAAAAGUCGCUCUGGCGCCGCAAGCACCUCCUCGGGCAGGUCAUCACGCAGAAGCAGGGAGUCAUGGAGAUCGCUGACUGCGCGAGGGGCUCUUCCAUCGACGACAUCCGCGAGUACCUGCAGCGCAUCCUUGAGGAGCGCGGCGAAGGGCUCGUCUGCAAGCAUCCGCUCUCGACGUACGUCCUCGGCGGCCGGAUGGACUCGUGGGUCAAGAUCAAGCCAGACUACAUGGACGAGCUCGGGGAGAAGAUUGACGGGCUCAUCGUCGGUGGCUACUGGGGCCAAGGCAGUCGCGGCGGCCGGCUCGCAUCCUUCCUUGUCGGUUUGAGGGGAACCAAGAAUGGCAAGGAGGUCUACAAGUCGUUUGCCAAGGUCGGAUCGGGACUCUCGCGGACGGACUACACCUGGAUCGUCGAGAACACGCGCGGCAAAUGGAUCGAGUUCGACCGCAGGGACUCCAAGUCGGUCCCUGACUGGUUCGAGACGGUCACCGAGUGGCCCGAUGUUCUCAUCGACCCAGCAGACUCCUUCAUCAUCGAGAUCAAGGCUGCCGAGAUCGUCGAGGGUGCCGAGUACGGUGCCGGCAUGACUCUUCGCUUCCCUCGCGCCUCGAAAAUUCGCGACGAGCUGGAUCCGUUGUCGGACUCCAUGGACUUUGAGACCGUUCUCGCUUUCCGUCGUGCUCCGAAGAAGCGUCCGUUCGGCGACGACUUGGCCUCAAAAUCCAAGGCGAUUCGCGUCAACCGCAGCGGUAAAGCUCGGGCCGUCUCGAGCGCUGUCGGCGAAGUCGAGAAGACAUCCGACGUCUUCGAGGGCGUCGUCUUCUACAUCCAUCAGACGAAGCCGCCCGAGCUAAAGGAGCAGGUGCAGAAGAAGGUCGUCGAGGCCGGCGGCAACUACAUCCAGACGAUCCCGCCUGCCGACAUAGAGCGCGUCGUCGUGGCGUCCGAGUAUGCAGGCAUCAAGAACAAGAAGGGCGGCAAGGAGGUCGACAUCGUCACGCCGGAGUGGGUCCUCAAAAGCAUCGAGCGCGGGCGCCGUCUCCCGUUGCACAAGCGCUACCUCGUUCGCGCCAUGCCGAAGACGAUGUCGAGUCCCGACUACGCAGCCGACUCGGACGACGACGGCAUGCAGGUCGAAAGCUCAGAAGACGUCAAGCCCGACAUCGCGCAGGAGCCUCCGCGUCGCAUCACUGCCGCCGAAGCCUGGUCGCAAUACCGCGGAGAGGUCGCAGCGGAUGACGAGGACGACCCCGAGACGGAGAACGACGAAGGCGAGGUGCUAGCCGUCAAGACGGAGGACGCGCCGCUGCCUGACGUUCCGCGGUACGAAGACUACUGGCCGCGCAAGGGCACGAUGGCGCCGCCCGUCAAUGCGAUCAACCAGGACGUCGGCAAGCUCGACCUCGGUGCGAACUCGUCGCAGGAGAAGAAGCCCGACGCCGACUCGUUCGGUGGCCACGUCGAGGAUCUCGAGCUCGAAGCGGGCGAUUCCUCCGCGCGCAGCGAGACCCUCGAAUUGGGCAACGACGGCUUGACGGAUGCUUCGCCUGGGAUGGGUGCUGGCGCGGACGACCAGAAGGCAUUCGACCCGGAGCGUCCGCUCGCUCCGCUUGUGGCGUACUUUGACACCCGUGCGGGCGCCGAGAAGAACGACUUACCGAGCUCGAAGGCCUCCGAUCGCGUGCAGACGGUUGCGGACUCGCAACUCGCAAAGGCCAAGACCGCAUUCGAAGAAGCCGGCGGCGUCGCGACUGAUGACCUGCAAAACCCGAAGCUCACGCACAUCAUCGUCACCAAGCUCGUUCCUGACCGCUACAAGGAGCUCAUCAACCGCACCUCGGAGCCCCGCUACCGCCGCAUCGUCACGACUGAAUGGAUCGACGCCUGCGUCGAUGAAGAAGGCCCGAUGGACGAGGACGAUUUCAAGCCGUGA